AUGGGAGCUGCCAAUGUGGGUUCCCAACGUGGAGGCUUCAAGUUCGGGGCCGAUAGACAUAGUUUACUGGGUGCUGAGUGGUACGGAAUGUAUUCGACGCAAGAGCCGGUGACGUUUAAGCGGGAACAUUUUGAAACUGCAAUGAUGAAUCUCAUCAGGGAACCGAAUAUCAACUCGUCCGUUAUUUUGAGGGCUGAUAUUUUGAGCGAAGUUGACAUCACCGGCGAUAGAGAAGAGGUUAUAGUGAAGGACAAAGAAUGCCUAAACCCGGAGAUUAAAGAGUUUGAAGCCAAGAAGAUAAACAUCGAAGAUCUGGAAGUGAGGGAGGCAGCAAUUGCGCCUGAAAUGGAUUUACACAUUAGAAAACAGGUGGUUAGAAGGAUAAUACCCAGGAACCCAUACAAGGACGCGAUCAUAAACCAGACGUGUCUCGUUCUCAGAGGCCCGGAGGAAGAUGGCCCAGACUGUCUUGUCAUUUACAUUCCGCAUAUCAAUGCAGAGGAUGAGUGCCCCUUCUACAUCCCGCGUGUAAAGGCGGUUGGCAUUUUGCUACAUGGGGAUAUCCUCUCUGUACACUAUGUUCCAUUCGAUAAUGGCGAGGUACUGCGAGACGAAUCUCAGAGAGUGGUCAGGACGGCUUGGCGAUUGUUGCAGACUGCUUUCAAGCAUUCCACGGGCGUUAUACAAGGUUACAAAAAGCGAGUGAAUCACGACCAGGUGGUCGACAAGGUGAACUUCCAAAACCAAUAUAUCAAUCUGAAGAAAAAAUAUUCCAAGUUCCUGGUCGACAAUUGGGCAGAGUCAACCGAUCCUAAGAAACAUGUUUUCGAAGACAUUGCCAUUGCAGCUUUUCUCAUUGAACUCUGGCGUAAGGUCAAGGGACCUGACUUUAGGGAAAAGAUGCAGUUCAGAGAUCUGGGAUGCGGUAACGGAGUGCUAUGUUAUAUUCUUAUAAGCGAAGGCGUCACUGGGAUCGGGAUAGACGCAAGGCACCGCAAAUCAUGGGCAAUAUAUCCUGCUGAUAUCCAGGCAUGUCUGAAAGAGCAAGUCAUAAUACCAUCUUUACUGUUACGUCCGCAUCCAGAGGUCAGAAAAAGGGCCCCGCACCUUCAGCACAAUGGUGGACUAUUUCCUGUAAAAGUGGCGCACGAGCUAAUAGCACCAGCAACCGUGGUAUAUUCCAGUGAGGAUUUACUGCGUUCUCCUCAGGUGAACGUUGCAGAGUUUAGCCCGGAGACGUUCAUUAUCGGCAAUCAUUCUGACGAGCUGACCUGCUGGAUCCCGCUACUGGGAUACCCUUUCAUGGUGAUUCCUUGCUGCUCGCACGAUUUUUCAGGUCGCCGUGUUCGUUUUAACGUCAGAGAGUUAGAGGCUAGACAGACAUCCAACAGCACCUAUGCCGGUUUGGUGGACCAUGUCAGCUAUAUCGCUAGUCGCGUGGGAUGGAAAGUUGAGAAGGAAAUGCUCAGGAUCCCUAGCACCAGAAACGCUGCCCUGAUAGGAUAUGAGAAUGAAAACCUGGGUCAAUUCCCGACGCAAGAGGUCUAUGAUAUGGUUUUGGAGGACGGCGGUCCUGACGGAUGGAUACAAAACACAAUGGCCCUGAUGAAGAGAAGCCCUCGAAAUCAUUGA